AUGUCCGUACUGGGAUUUUUAGUGUUAGCAUCUUUGUUGGGAUGCGGUUUUGCACAUGUACCAUAUCACCGGUCAGGUCGUCACUUCUGUGGUCAUCAUAGGCAACCACAUGCCUACCAAUGGGAAGUUUUGAAAGAUCAUGUUAAUAGCUAUCAACCCAGAUACCACGAUAGUUACUACUAUAAUUACCCUAGUCCUGCCAAAUACGUUCAUAAACCAGAGCCAAAGCCCCAUAAGCAAGAGCCAAAGUCCUAUAAGCCAGAGCCAAAGCCCCAUAUGCCCGAUAUUAAGCACUGUUCGUCACAUGAAGAAGGCCAAAAGUACCUGCAACUGUACCGUCUCAUCCGAGUAAUUGACCUGUUUAGGGCACCGCCCAAAUAUCACAAAAAAAUCACCUCUCUGGACAAACUGGUGCAACAGUUGACCAAACAAUCGCUCCAGGACGAGCUUGUGAAACUGGUUCGUCACGUCGAAGGGUACGAGCAAGUUACUCAACUGGAACAUGGUCACCCGGACCAUGAAAUGUACGUCCUUGUCAAUGACGACGCACGGCUGCUACUGACAAUCCAAAAGACCCUAAAUGCACUGGAUUUGGAUGAUUACGACGACCACUAUCAUGACCAACAACACCGUGAUCAUCAGCAGCACAAGCAGCAUCAUGGAUGCUGCUAUCACCACAAAGAACUCUGCUAUGAGCUGCGUCAGCUCCGGGAUCAGGCAAAUUCGUUAAAGUUGUCUCACUUGAAAAAACAACCGAUAAAAGGACACGCGUUUCAGUCAAAGAGUUUAGACAAUUUGGACCAACAGCAACAGCAGUAUCAUCAGCAGAUCGAAGAACAAAUGCUGAACGAAUUCGCCGCAGCCAUGGAGCGAUUCGUUCAGGAGCAGGUGAUCGACACCAAAUACAAUCAGAUGUAUGGUAAACCUCAGCAAGAACCAGCGCCUUUUAUCGAUGAUGUGAUUCAUCCGGUUCCUUCGAAGACACCGGAACAAGCAAGUGCACCAUGGAUAGGUUCCUUUUUUGGAAUGGGUAAUCACGUGCCAGGGCAUCAGCUCAGCGACCCAGCGAAGAUGGACAACAUCGAUGAACAGAAGAGACAAGAAGCCGAAGAUAUAGCCGAGGAUGCAGCGGAGGCUGCCGAAGGAGAAGCCCGAGAACUUCCAGACGACGAUGAGGGGAAACUCGAUGGCCCUACUCGAUUGGAUCUGCUUGCAGAUUUGGUUGGCAGUAGGAAGAACGAAUCUACGCCGGAGCCGGUUGCCGUGCUUUCUCGGCAAAAGCUGCUCUAACACGGA